AUGGAGGUCGCCUUCACCGUCUCCCCGGGUGAGCGGCAGCACGUGGAGUACCUCGCCGACCUCUUCGCCAUCAUCAUGGCGAUCGAGAAGGUUGAGAAGGCGAUGCUGCGCGACUUGAUUACGCAGGAGCAGUAUGACACAGUCAUACGCCGUCUGCUCGAGAAGUACACCUCCACAGUGUCGCACCUCGAGCAGAGCCACAACCCGCACUAUACCACUAUCGAAUCCUUCUGGGAGAACUACGGCUCCAAGUGUCCAGCCGCCCGCACACGGAUUCAGCUCGGUCUCAACGGCGAGAAGCAGCAGAAGGAGCGAGAUGGACGCGUGGACCCGCGUCUGGUGCUGGAGUGUGGGCAGUACUUCAUCACGCUAAUGGACUGCCUGAAGCUGCAGCAGACGGCGGUGGACCAGUUAUACACGCUUCUGACGGAUCUCAUUCAAGGCCUGACACGGCUGCGGGUGACGGAGCGGGACUUCUUUAGGCCCCUCGUGUCGUGGAAGGAGAAGCUGGACACCAUGAGCGCCUCGGACGAGCUCAAUGAGAGGGACACGCGUGAGUUCGCCUUUGUGCUGGAGCGGGGCUACCAGGCCUUCCACGCGUACCUCGGCGAGACCACUACGAGGACGAGGGCGUGA